ACGAUAGCACCGAUGACAGCUACGAAAAACUGAAAAAUGUACAUUUUUCAGGUCGUUCGACCAAGUUUGUUCGUAGAAAAAGUUUGAGAAGGGCUAACGAAUACCAUCCUCCUUGUCACGCGCGAACGCAGAAUCGCACAGGUAAAAAGGAGAAUCCUAUUCGGAAUAAGCUGGGCGUUUGACGAGAUCGGUUUCGUAUGCGUGUGCACACCAUCGCCGUCGGCAAGAAUAUCACGGCGGCCUCCUCUCUCGCAAGAAGAGGAGGCCGUGCAAGAAACGGAGUCGCGUGUGUACGGUGCGCGAAUGUAGUGGGAAAGACGGACAAAUGCAGCAAACACACACACACACACACAGACACACGCACGAGACCGUGCGCGAAGUGCACGGGGUCCUCCUAGCGAGGAGAGGGCCCCUCGUGAGCUCGUCGAGCAACUCCUUCUCACGAUUGAGUCAUCCGGCACAGGAAAAGGACCACCUGGUGAGGAGAGUCAACGAUGUAUCUAACGAUAUAGACCGUUUCGCCCUCGUGGCUCCUUCCUCUUAUCCCCGUCGACCGAACUCGAUUCGAUUCGACUCGACUCGUCUGGACGUUGUUCUCUUCCUCCUCUUCUGCUCUUGCUCUCUUCGUCCUCCCUCAACCUCUUUCUGUGCCCAUCUUACGUUCGACGCAUCUCGCUGGAUCCUUUCGGUAAUUUUACCGUAAUUUAUUCCAUCGUUCGGUUAUCAAGGUGUCGUGGAAAAUAGUUGUUUAUAGUUUCGCGAUACGUUCAACGUUCGUCAUACGUUCUUAUUCCUCAUCUGUUAUUCGAAUAAACUUCCUCUUUCGCUUUCCAUGAAACGAGCUUUUUUCGAAUUCUCAAACGUCGCGUCGAGUCGAGAAACGACGGAUGAAAAUCGACGAAGAGAUCCGUUUCAGCCAUAUGGUUUUCGUAGAAACGUAAAUCGCGUACGCAUGAAAAACUCGCAUCUGGCCACGCGCAAGCAUCGACGUGUGUACGUACAGUGGCUCGCAGAAGUAAUCGUAUUUUCUCCACCAAUGAUCUCUAGUAUCAUCUCUAGUAUGAUCUCUAGUACAUUUAGAACAAGAUUUUAUAGGAUUUUUAGCGUUAAAAAAAUAUAAGCGCUGUAUUAGCUAUUUGAGUUUAAGGCUGCACGAAUACUUGCGCGAGUCCACUGUAUGCGCAGAACUCGCGAGCUGGAUGGCAUCGCGCGACAAAACCGUGAAACGGUGCCGAAGAGUGUAUGGUUUUUUGCUUAAAGGGGAUUUGCAGAUUGCACACCUGUGCGUAGCUUGGCUGAGGAAAGACCUCACCUGUCGAGCAACCGGUCUCCAUUGACUUUUUCUUCGUUUACGUACACUCACUUUGCUCUCUGCUCUCCACUCCACUCUACUGUCCACUCUCCACUUUCUGCUCUUCACCCCUUCGUCCUCCGCCCGCUGCGUUUCGUUUUUCAUCCCUCUCAACCUGCACUCAUUCAGUCCUUGCACCCUUCGAUUUUCAUUUCCUGUUUUUCACUCGGACUUUUAAUCGGGAAAGCAUCGGGAAGGUAUACUUUUAAGUAUCGCGUAUACACGCGUUACACCAUAAAAUCUGACAAGGUUAAAUAGAACGCGAGGAAAGAAAGUUGCGGUCUUACAUAAAGACUAAAGGAAGAAGAUAAAGAAUGCAUUUACCCGAUUACUUUUAUUCCACCGUUUAACCAUCUAUUCUUGGAAUUGAAGAGUUCGUUCCGUGGAACAUGGAGUGUCGCCUACUUUCUUAACGCUUUCCCCAAGUGUCCACUAUCGAAACAAAAAGCGGCAACAACUGCAACCUACAUUUUUUAACGUAGAAAACUGAAACAAAGUGCAAACUUGGCUGACUUUAACACCAAAAAAAGGCCUCUACCGUUUCCUGAAAUCGAAUACAGCGAUCGAAGAUCGUAAUCUCCGAUCUCAGUCCUGGAUAGGUACUGGAAUCGCGAGACUCGCGAGAUCUAUGAAUAGAAAGGCUGCCGAACCAAGCGAAGGGAGGGCAAAGUGUUAAAGGGUUCCGUGGACGAUUAUCGUCGCGUAGCGUGCCCCGGGACAGCCGAUGAUCAACGAUCGAGCGGUGAUCUCGUGGUCUCGAGGCUUGAAAAUCCGUCGGACGGUCUUUAACGAUCGACACUGAGCGACUUUAGAGGCAAAUUAUCGGGCCUCGGGCAAUUACCAGGUGGGGGUCCGAUAUAGAGUGAAGCGGUUUGAGAGUUCCGAGAAUCGGUCGUGGCUAAAAAUAAGAUCCCACCCGGGAGCGGUGAUUAUGUUCCGAAAAAAGCGAACUGGGCGAAACGCUCUCCUCAGCGUGUGCAGGUGCCGCCGAUGAGACCAGGAGAGAGAGAGAGAUAAAAAGAAACAGAGUGGGGGGAUGAAAAAAAAAGAAAAAGAGAAAAGAAGAACGGAACCGAGAAGCCGUCGUGUGUUCGAGAAUCUCGCGUUGCCCCGCAUCGCCUCGCAUAAGAAGGUCCCUUUCGUCCCGCGCAUUGCUAUGCAGUACCGUGCCGUGCCGUGCUGCUCUGCGCUUCGGCUCCGCUUAAUGAAGUUGUCGGUUCAGGACGUUUACAGGUGGGGCCUACCUGCGUGUGGUCCAUUCACUGCGACUGCCGCGGGACUGGUUAGGAGCGCUUUACAUCUUUACUUUUACCUCUCGAACCGCCUCGAGACCGUGGAGGCUCGAUGAGCGUGUUCUCCGAGAGGGCCGUCGUCGUCAUCAUCGUCGUCGUCGUCGUCGUCGUCGUUGUCGUCGUUGUCGUCGUUGUCGUCGUUGUUGUCGUUGUUAUCGUAGAGGAUGUCUGCCCCUGUCAAGACACAGUCGCGGAAAGGCUGUUAUUACGGCCACAACAAAGUGAGAUAGAGCGCGAAGGAAGGGAGUUUUUCGAGUGGUGGAUCGUAGGGAUACCAAAACUUACGAAUACGUAUACCCUGAGGCCUCUCGGAGAUCGAAAGGAAUCCAGGCCACUUAUCCUUUGGAGGCCCCUUACGCUCUCCUUGGAGGCUUUCGGUGUAUUCAAACUAAACUAUUUUUGGCCAGAGAGGAAUAGGUAUUCUUGGUAUCAGGACCGAUAUUAGAGCGUUUUUUUUUUUCGGUCUACUAGAUGGACUCAGCCGGCCAGGCUUGGUCGGUAGACCCUUGUAGACGGUUCUACAUGCUUAAAGAGGCCGAUGGUAGGAGAGUUAUAUUCGUUUCGUUAUUGAAAAAUUAGACUCGGACCGAACUCGAUCAAUGAUCUCCUUUAAAUCUGUUCUCAAUCGCGUUAGCUUCCGUUCGUAAGGCGCUUGUUCUUGUU